AUGGCUCCCGGACAAAGUCGUAGCGUCUUUGUGGGCAAUAUACCCUUCAAUCUCAGCGAGGAAAACAUUGUCAAGAUCCUCAGCCAAGUCGGUACAGUCGUCAAGUUCAGAUUGAUGACCAACCCAGACACGGGUAAAUCAAAGGGAUUCGGCUUUGCAGACUUCCAGGACGCCGACCAGGCCGCAAGCGCAGUUAGGAAUUUGAAUGAUUUCGAGAUCGAUGGCCGCAAGAUUCGUGUCGACUGGCCUCACAACAACGAGAAAGACUCGGUUCCAACAAAUUAUGAGCAGACUGCUGGUACUGUGGGCGAUGGACACCAACAAACCGGACCGAACGCUCUGCCUCCACUGCCCCCAGGGACUGAUCUCCCCCCAAAUCUCAGAGCAACCGAUGCCAUUUCUCAAACCCUUGCUACACUUCCGCCGCCACAGCUACUUGACGUUCUUACUCAGAUGAAGGCGCUGGCGAUUUCAGAUCCUGCAAGAGCCACGUCCCUGCUCAAGACUGCACCACAACUAUCCUAUGCCAUUUUCCAGGCUCUGAUCUUGAUGAAUCUGGUGGAUCCAAAGGUGCUAGCGCAAGUAGUUGAACAAGCCGCGAGACCCCCUCAACCAGCAAGUAUCCCUCCGCCGCAAGCCACUCCACAGCAAUACCCCGGCUUCCCACCUCCCAUGGUGCCUGGCCAAAUGCCUCCCCGUCCUCCUCAGCAAUUUCCUCCAGCGACAAUGCAACAACAGACACCGCAACCGCCUGCCGCGCAACCUCAGCUGUCCCAUCAAGAGAUGAUCCAACAGGUCCUCGCCAUGGAUCAGAGGACGAUCGACUCAUUUUCUCCGACUGAGAGGGCACAAAUCAUGCAGAUCAGAGCCUCGAUGGGGGUCAGAUGA